AAAAAAAACAAAACCAUCAAAAGACCAAAAUCAACAGUGAAUUGAUCCUAAAGCCAGAUAUAUGUUAUUCCUCUUAGCCACAGAGCUCUGAUACCGACCAAAAACACACCAGUGAGUCACUGUUGUGCACUGGAUGACUUGUUAUUUCAUUAUCAUCAUGUGUGCUGUAGUUUAUCUCGAGUCUGUAACACCCACACUGUUCCCACAAAUGGGUUACUGAACAGGCUCCUGGACCAGAAUUCUGUAUGUGGUGACUGUUCACAUUUCUUGUUGGAAAGUCAAUCAAAUAACAACAAAGCGACAAAAUGACCACAGAGACAACUACAAAGUAACACAAAUGACACAGUGACCGCAAAUGGACACAGAAUAAACUAACUACAAAUUCUGUUGUGUCUCUUCCACUCUGGUUGCCCACUGCCAUAGAUGCUCACUACAGCACCAAAUGUACAUUGAUACUCUUUUGAAUCUAGUCUCCGAUAAAUGCACUCCUGUUUGAGUUAAUGAUUUAGGUCUUUGUGUUGAGAAUUAUGAUACGUGUUGAUUUUAGUCUUUUCGUGGAGUUUAGUAAGAAAGGUAUGAUAAUUUAAAAUGUUUAUUGCAUCGAUACAUUUCUAUUUUAUUUUAUUCGAUGUUUAGGACUGUGCAAUGUACUUUCGUUCACACUGUCAGAGGAAAGUGGUCACGUGUUCAUUUGUAGUAAAACACACUUUCCCAGGAUGCUUUGCGAUACGAACAACAAAGAUGGCGAUUCAGUUCGGUGUUCGUAGACGUGAUAUGAAUCGUGAAACGUACAACAGAUGAGCUAAAGGGACGACAACCGACACAGCACUGCAGAAAAUUCACCACUGCGGUUGUUACCUUAUCACAGUCCACUAUCUACGCCGGUAGAGUAACAGACAAAAUGCCUUCUCCCAAAGCUAAAAACCCGGUUCGCAGCGGAGGAAGCCCGGUGCUCGGCAGCUCUAACGGCCGUUACGAGUUCAUGUCACUGACGAAGCCGCUGAACCGGUCCUCACCGCCGCACCUCCUCCAGCGGCAGGGCUCCGACCCAACCACCGCCCGGCUCCGAGCCUCAGAGAGCCCGACUCGACGUAGGGGCUCCAGCUCCUCCACGGGCUCGGCGAGCGGCCAGGGGCUGGCAGAGGAAGACGGCAUACGGCUGAACCCGUCAUUCAUCCGCGUAGCCCUGAGCUCCCUGCUCGCCAUCGACCUGUGGCUGUCCAAGCGCCUGGGGGUGUGCGCCUGCGAGGACUCGUCCUGGGGCAGUGUGCGCCCCUUAAUGAAACUGAUAGAGAUAUCGGGACAUGGCAUCCCCUGGCUGGCUGGUACCGCCUACUGUCUGUACAAGAGUGACAGUGCUGCAGGACAAGAGGUCAUGCUCAACCUUUUCAUGGGCCUCCUGUUGGACCUGGUCCUGGUUGGCAUUGUGAAGGCAGUGGUGCGCCGUCGUCGACCAGCACAUAACCGCAUGGACAUGUUCGCCACCUUUUCUGUGGACCGCUACUCCUUCCCUUCUGGCCAUGCCACCCGCGCCGCCAUGUGUGGGCGCUUCUUGCUGGCUCACCUCGUGCUGGCUGCCCCGCUGAGGGUCCUUGUCCUGCUGUGGGCCGGCCUGGUGGGGCUGAGCCGAGUGCUGUUGGGCAGGCACAAUGUGACUGAUGUGAUGUUUGGGUUCUGGAUGGGCUAUUGGCAGUACAACCUGGUGGAGAUGCUGUGGCUCUCACCACAAACCCUGCAAGGGCUUCUGGGACAGUUAGCUUAACAUAAAGGACUAAAUAAGGAGGAAAAUAUGUCAGUUCAAGUCUUGAUUGUAAGAGUGUCUGCACAACUUUUGUCUUUUAGAUUGAUAAAUAAGAGAAAUGGUUUUUGGCUAGAGAGGAGAGCUCUAUCACACACAGUUUUCUUCUUCUGUUAUCUGACACCUAAGUCAAGCUUCCAGCCCCAUUUUAUGACAGUCUGACUGUCUGUAAUAGAAAGUACACAAUUUCAAUCAGAACAGAUGAGAGGGGAACAGAUUUGAUCAGCUCAUUUUCACGUUCACUGACCCAAAUCAUACACAAUAUGAAGUCAGCUCCUUUUGAAGUGUAACUGUUUUGAUUCCUGAAAAUUAGCUUAAAUGUAUGAAUACUCUUGCUGGUAAAGGGACGUUAAUUUGUCUAUGACAUUUCCAUUUGUGAAACUGAAUAGACACCUCGUAUAAUGGUAUAUCACUGAGGAGAUCUUAAAUAUUUGAUAAUAAUUCAUGUGAAUUCUUUACUUUGGGAAACUAAAGCUAGUUGGCUUUUUACUGUUCAUUAAUUUAAAGCAGAAGCAAAGAAACAUUUAUCUUAAGUUGUUCUACUUACAAACCCUGAUCAAAUUGUGCUUCACUAUCCAGUAGCAACCUCAGUUGCCUAACUGCUCACAAACUAGGAUUUAUAUACCUUGUUGGCCCACAGGUAUUUCAGACAACAUACAUACUGUUGUGAGGCCUCUCCUUUCUUUGCUGUUGCUAUCUCUAAAUUUAAGUUGAGGCCGGUUUCCUGUACUGACACAGGGUUUGUAGGAGCACUUUUCCAACCUGACUUCAUCUGUCCUUUUUCUUUAUGGGUGAUUUCUAGGAACUUGUAUUAAUAUAAGCCCAUAUCAUUUUCCCUCUUGCACCUGCCAUCAAAGCUUUCUCCUUUGACACAGAGCAAACAGAAGUCAUGACAACAUCUGAUAGGAUUAGGCAUUAUAUUGUUUCAAGUAAGGAUACCCAUAAACAUUCAUUUCACCCAUUCAUAUCUCUAUAACAUUAUCAGUUGCAUUAAUGAUCAACCAAAGUAUAUCACGUGUGACUGGCAGUUUUGAUGGAUUACAUGCAUUUAGUUUGAUCAGGUCAUAGUCAUAAAUCACUAAAGUGUUAUCAUGGAUUAUAUAGUUGUCAUAUCAUGUUUCUCAACUCAUGUAAUCAGGUUUUUCCUAUGUCACCCAUCUGAGUCGCUUCUUUAAUCAGACCCUUUAUUUAUUCAAAAAUAUCAUUUUACAAAACACUUCAUUCAAAGUCAGAAGAAGAAGUGUGUGAGAGUCCUCUGCUCUAGGCACUGACUGUUUCAAAUAGUUUAAUGAGGCUGAAGUCUUAGUAAAGCACUGACAUACUGUACAAAACAUUUGUGUAUGAGGAAAGAAGACUAUACACUGUAUGGACUUGAGUCUAAGGUAGUAUCUUUACAUUUUCAUCACAAAGUAAUGAGCCAUCCAUCCACUAUACAUAACCUGCCAGAACGAAGAGAAAUAAGUUCGUCUCCGUUGGAGUCACAGUCUUUUCAGUCACUUUCACUUGCUGUUACAAAAAACUUUAUUUUAAUGGCAAAAAAGUGGAGUUGGAGUCAGGGGAAAAAAUUCUAACAAAAGUCUUUUGUUUACACCACACAAUGAGUUAAAGAACAUGAUCAGCUGUGGUUUUGUUGACCGGAUAGUGGCCUGUAGUCUGGGAACAUUAUUAUUCAUGGUACUGUUGUAGAAUUCUUCUCUUGUUCAGGACAAAACUAUAAAUUACACAUGAAAAUUGAUGUGAGUCCAAGUUCAAUCAGGGUCUCACAUGAACCCAUCUCCGGAUGAGUUUUUUGGCAGUGUACCUCUCUUCUGAGCACCUCUUAUCUCUGAGUUAUGGAAGUUGUGGCAGAGGGCUGCCUAUAGCUCAGAGGAUUUUACACCCCAUGUUCAAACCUGAUCACUGGCUCUGACUGAGGAUAGUAUUACUUACAGUUAUGACCACGCUUACUAAGAAAAGACAAGAAAACGGUAAAAUUACAUCUUGUGGUUCCAUUUAUGCUCUAUCUUUACAUUUAAGAAAAUUAUGUUAAUAAUAUCAGAUAAUCAGACAAUCACAACAAAUUAUUUGUUAGACAGCUUAAUUGGCGCUUUAAAAUGAUCCAGCAUGGAUUCCACUUCUGUAAUGUAAUUUUGUUCAUAAAAUGACUGUGAUAAGCAUUCUGCACUGUGAAACCAUUCCCAAAGACACUGGCGCAGUACAUUUUUCCCUCUAAUAUUCCUCUCUAAUUCUAGUCUGACAGACUAGGGUGGACUGGGUUUAUUCAUUAAUGGACAAUUUGAAAAAACUGAAUGGGAAUGUUUAACUACACAGGUCAUCUCCCGUCAGUGUCAUGACAGUUUUAUGUUGGCAUUGAGUUUUGGUGAGUGAGGAUGUCUCAACUGUUUAAUUUGUUAUGUAACGAUCUGAAGCGCUGCCAUGGAUCAGUGAUCAGAAUCAGAGGGUAGUGACAAGUUUUGUAACCUGUUACAUGAUAUGAAUGGCUACAGAUACAGUGGCAUGCAACACACUCAAGACAACUCUAUGGAAAUAAUCUUAUCUAUUAACUCUAUCAUGUGAUAUUAGAUGGAACUAUCUAUGCUGAAUAAUAGUCAGAUAGAUUUGAAUCCUUUGUCAUGUGCUUCCAUAAUGUUCUCGAUUAACUGCUAAUUCUCAGUUGAGGAUUCAUAAAGGCAAUAAUCUGUAAAGGGAGUAACACUUAAGUGUUGGAACUGUUGCAGAUCUUCCCACUGUUAAUAUUUGACGAUGAAGUGACACAUUGAUCCACUGAACUGCUCUUCAACCUUAAUGUUUAGUCACAACGUGUAUGUUUGGGUGUACAUAUGUAGGUCUCGGGGCUGAUCCAUUCCAACACUGAUGUCAAUUUGUCUGGUCAGGAGGGCACGCUGAGGAGCACAUACCACUUCCUAGAAGCAGCAUGUUUGAUGGUUAAACUAUAUCCAUGCACUGACCCACUAACUAGGAGUUGAAUGCUAAGUCAAGAUCCUACAUUAACAUUAAAAGUGAAAAAUGACGUUCACAAUGACGCCAGUGGUCAGGAUGUUGCACAACUGCUCGCUCACUUCACAUACACAUCUAAGUAUUGCCGGACCUAGCUAAUCUGCAGGUGCAUCCAAAUUUCCAUGUGUGCUGGCUUGUUUUAAUUUGUCUGUUAGUGAGAAUUUCAAUCACAUGUGUGAAUAUUUGGUUUCUGUGCUAAUGUAUUUCAGCUCUUUACAAGUUUUUGACAGACAGAAUGUUUAACUUUUGUGUGUGUGUGUAAUUUUUACAGAUGUAUUUCACUUCCUGAAAGGUUUUUUGACCGUGAGUCACUCCAAGUGACUUGUGCCAGUUGGUCCAAACCAGAUCCAGAUACCUGGUGUGAACCAGCUUGAUGUAACAGACUGUUCCCUGACACACAGGUGCCCCCUCGUAGACUGUUUCAUUGACCUCUUAUAUGCUGUGCCCUCUUUCUGCAAUAACUAACCAAUGAUCUUCCCAGUGUGAGUGAUAAGAUGACCAGCGAGUGAGGAGGCAGCUUCCAGCCUUUUUAUUUCAUUACACUUCUGUGGCAAAUCUAAAUAUGCUGGAUAGUGAAAAUUGUGACCAAAUGAUUUUUAUGAUUGAUUUUUGUGUUGUUUUACAUAUUGAUACUGAAAGAAUCCUAAACAUAAGACAAAAAAUUAUCUUAACGAUUACAUGUUCAUGUGUUGGGAAUAGAUUUUGCACAUUCCACCUGUCACCUGUCAACACUACCUGAGGAAAGAUGCUCUCCUUUAUUUAUUCAGCUCUCAAAGAUUGUCAGCAAAUGCCACAUCUGUUCUUGCACAUAUACUUCACUGCACUCAGUUUUGCCUGCUAUAUAAUAUAAAAUGUUUAUGUAUACAUAUGUACAUAUGCCUGUAUGGACAUGUGAUUACACUGUGUUACGUUCAGUGGUUUUGAAUGUGUUGUUCAAUAUUCCCUGAGGGAUAAUUCCCGAAGGAUUUGAUUGUAAUUUUUAAUUACAUGGGGAACAAAUCUGCA